UAACUCAAACCUCUGAGAAAAAAAGUUUAACUCAAACUCUCAGCACUCUCAGCAUCGUUCAUUGCACACCCCCAAAUUUCUUUCCCUCCCAAAAUUCCCCCAAAAUAUUCUCUGUCCAAUUUCCCUAGUUCAUCAAAUUGUUCAUCGGUAAAAUGGAAUUAGGGUUUACUCAAGAACAGGUUCGGAACAUCUGCAUCCUUGCACAUGUCGACCAUGGAAAAACUACGCUUGCUGAUCAUCUAAUUGCAUCUUCUCCGGAUGGACUGUUGCACCCUAAACAAGCAGGUAAGAUUAGAUACAUGGAUUUUUUAGAUGAAGAACAGCGUAGAGCAAUUACCAUGAAAAGUUCUUCUAUUUCUAUCAAGUACAAAGAAUAUUCAAUUAAUUUGAUUGAUUCUCCUGGUCAUAUGGAUUUCUGUAGUGAAGUUUCGACCGCCGCUCGAUUGAGCGACGGCGCACUAGUUUUGGUUGAUGCAGUUGAGGGUGUUCAUAUUCAAACUCAUGCUGUUUUGAGGCAAGCUUGGGUUGAGAAGCUUACGCCUUGUUUGGUGUUAAAUAAGAUUGAUAGGUUAAUCUGUGAAUUGAAGUUGACUCCCAUGGAAGCUUAUAAUAGAUUGUUGACCAUAGUUCAUGAAGUAAAUAGUAUAGUGAGUGCAUAUAAAUCAGAGAAGUAUUUGUCAGAUGUUGAUUCUAUACUUGCCGUGUCAUCCAGUGAAAUGGGGGUUGAUGAGAUUCAUCAGUUAAUUGAGGAUGAUGAGGAAGAAAUGUUUCAACCUCAAAAGGGUAAUGUAGCUUUUGUUUGUGCUUUAGAUGGAUGGGGUUUUACUGUAGGAGAGUUUGCCGAGUUUUAUGCGCAACAGUUUAAAUUAAAAACAGCAGCGAUGAAGAAGGCUUUAUGGGGUCCUUGGUAUUGUCACCCUAAAACAGGGAAGAUAGUGGGCAAAAAAGCAUUGGGUGAAGGAAGCACAGUUCCACCUAUGUUUGUUAACUGUGUCCUUAAACCAUUGUGGCAGGUUUAUCAAGGGGUUCUUGAGCCUGAUGGUGAUAAGGGGGUGAUAGAGAAAGUGAUGAAGAGGUUUGGGUUACAAGUGCCAGACCGUGAAAAGAACAACAAGGAUCCAAAAAUUGUUCUUCAAGCUAUCUUGAGUCGUUGGCUUCCACUAUCGAAAGCCAUCUUGUCCAUGGUUGUUAGAUGUAUGCCGGACCCCGUUGCUGCUCAAUCAUAUCGAGUCUCUCGUUUGCUUCCAAGGAGAGAAGUUGUGGAUGAGGUAGCAAAGUCUGAGGUGUUUUUAGACGCUGAGUAUGUGAGGAAGUGUGUGGAAACUUGUGCUUUUAGUUCUGAAGCACCUACUGUUGCUUUUGUUUCUAAAAUGUUUGCUAUCCCUAAGAAGAUGAUUCCCCAAAGGGGUCCAAAUGGGGAGAUCGUGAAUGAUUUCACUGAUGAAAAUGGGACAGAGUCAGAUGAAUGUUUUCUUGCAUUUGCUAGAAUCUUUAGUGGUACCCUUACUGCUGGGCAGAAAAUCUAUGUACUUUCAGCUUUAUAUGAUCCACUAAAAGGAGAAGCAACACAGAAGCAUCUGCAGGAAGCGGAAUUGCAGUCACUGUAUCUGAUGAUGGGCCAGGGUUUAGUGCCUGUAGAAUCUGUCAGGGCUGGAAAUGUGGUAGCUAUACGAGGAUUGGGGCAUCAUAUCUUAAAAAGUGCUACACUUUCCUCGACUAAGAACUGUUGGCCUUUCUCGAGUUUGAUGUUUCAAGUUUCACCAAUGCUAAAAGUUGCCAUAGAGCCCUCUGAUCCAGCAGAUAUGGGUGCACUUAUGAAAGGCUUGAGGCUUCUGAAUCGUGCUGAUCCUUUUGUGGAGGUUUCAGUCUCGUCUAGGGGAGAACAUGUGGUUGCUGCUGCAGGAGAGGUGCAUCUUGAGAGAUGCAUAAAGGAUUUGAAGGAAAGAUUUGCCAAGGUGAGCUUGGAAGUGUCUCCACCUCUCGUCUCCUAUAAAGAGACAAUUGAGGGUGAAGGAUCUAAUCCAUUAGAUGAUUUGAAAGUACUAUCAGUAAAUACUGAUUAUGUUGAAAAGACAACUGCUAAUGGAAGGUGCACUGUUAGAGUACAAGUCAUGAAGCUUCCAAAUGCACUUACAAAGUUGCUUAAUGAAAAUUCUGACACACUUGGGGAAAUUAUUAGUGGUAAACUUGGUCAGACUUAUAAGAAGUUGGUGUCCCAGAUAGGUUCUGCUGCUGAAGAUGAUGAGCCUCUUGAAGCAUUCAGGAAACGCAUAAGGGAUGCUGUGGAAAGCGAUAUUGUUUCUGGAAUUGCGGAAGACGACACUGAUAAGAUUCAAAAGUGUAAAUUUUUGUGGGAUCAGCUUCUAGAGAGGAUUUGGGCUCUGGGUCCUGGACAGGUUGGCCCUAAUAUGCUUAUUACCCCAGAUUCUAUAGGAAAAAGUACCGAGGAUUCCAUAAUUGUCCCUGGAUUCUCCCACGUGUCUGCUAAACUUGGUUUUGUAGAUGAUACCAGUUCUCAUAGUGUCGAGGAGGCAAAUGAUACUCUUUAUGCUGAAGCUGCCAGUCUGGCAAGUAGUGUGGUGUCUGGUUUCCAAAUUGCAACUGCAGCUGGUCCUUUAUGUGAUGAGCCUAUGUGGGGUUUGGCAUUUAUUGUCGAGGCUUACAUUUCCCCAGCAUCCAUUCAAUCAGGCGAGUCUGAAAAUUCUCUACAGCUAAUGGAGCAAUAUGGAAUGUUCACUGGUCAGGUGAUGACUGCAGUAAAAGAGGCUUGCAGAGCUGCUGUACUUCAGAAAAAACCGCGUCUUGUUGAAGCAAUGUACUUUUGUGAGCUGAACACCCCAGUUGAUUAUUUGGGACCCAUGUAUGGUGUGCUUUCUCGUAGGAGAGCCCGAGUAGUGAAGGAAGAAAUGCAGGAAAGCUCUCCCUUGUUCACUGUGCAUGCUUACUUGCCGGUUUCUGAAAGCUUUGGGUUCGCUGAUGAGCUUAGGAAAUGGACUUCUGGGUCAUCAAGUGCGCUUCUUGUUCUUAGUCACUGGGAACAGCUUAUGGAGGAUCCUUUCUUUGUUCCUAAGACAGAGGAAGAGAUUGAGGAGUUUGGAGAUGGUUCUAGUGUCCUUCACAAUACACCCAGAAAGCUCAUUGAUGCUGUGAGGCGGAGAAAAGGACUCCCUGUAGAGGAAAAAGUUGUUCAGCAUGCAACCAAGCAGAGGACCCUGGCUCGUAAGGUGUAGAACAUGCUGCUUUUGUAGUGUCAGCGCUUAUAGAAGAGAAGGGCUUAGUUAUUUUGUUUUUCCAACUACUCCAAUUUAAUGAUGGAUCCCCUCAUUUUGUUAUAUACGAGUAUAAUUAGAGAGAAACGAGUUAAGGAAGUGUAUUUAGUAAUCUCUAUUAGUAUUUCGUUUAUGUAAAAAGAUCUCUUCAGAUAACUUACAUAAUCUCUAUUACAAAUCCUUUGUUUA